CUGGCUUUCCUGGUAGCUCACUGACUGAACUCACUGAGCUACGCGGCUGAGCAAUGACCCCAGGGGCGCUGCUGUCGCUGCUGCCACUGCUGCUGGGGGCGCUGGAGGUGUCGCUCCUCCCAGGCGCCCGCGGCUCGGAGGCGGAGGGCCGGCUCCGCGAGAAACUUUUCUCGGGCUAUGAUAGCUCAGUGCGGCCUGCGCGGGAAGUGGGAGACCGCGUCAGCGUCAACAUUGGUCUUAGCCUGGCGCAACUUAUCAGCCUGAACGAGAAGGAUGAGGAGAUGAGCACAAAGGUGUAUUUAGACCUGGAGUGGACUGACUACAGGCUGAAGUGGGACCCCGCGGAGCACGAGGGCAUCGAUUCACUCCGCAUUACGGCUGAAUCUGUGUGGCUACCAGACGUGGUGCUCCUAAACAAAUUCGUUCCCUGCAGCAAUGAUGGAAAUUUUGACGUCGCUCUGGACAUUAAUGUUGUGGUAUCCCCCGAUGGCUCCGUGCGCUGGCAGCCCCCGGGCAUCUAUCGCAGCAGCUGCAGCAUUCAGGUCACCUACUUCCCCUUUGACUGGCAGAACUGCACCAUGGUGUUCAGUUCUUAUAGCUAUGACAGUUCAGAGAUCAGCCUGAAGACUGGCUUGGGUCCCAAUGGGCAGGAGCGGCAGGAAGUACACAUUCAUGAAGGGACCUUCAUUGAGAAUGGCCAAUGGGAGAUUAUCCACAAGCCUUCUCGGCUAAUCCAGCUUCCAGUGGAUCCUAAGGGAGAUGGGGAAGGACAGCGUGAAGAAGUCACCUUCUACCUCAUCAUUCGCCGAAAGCCUCUCUUCUACCUGGUCAACGUCAUUGCCCCAUGCAUCCUCAUCACGCUACUGGCCAUCUUUGUCUUCUACCUGCCACCAGAUGCAGGAGAGAAGAUGGGGCUCUCUAUCUUUGCCCUGCUGACCCUUACUGUGUUCCUGUUGCUGCUGGCAGACAAAGUGCCUGAGACCUCCCUGUCUGUCCCCAUCAUUAUCAAGUACCUCAUGUUUACCAUGGUCCUCGUUACCUUCUCAGUCAUCCUUAGUGUCGUAGUCCUCAACCUGCACCAUCGCUCACCCCACACCCACCAAAUGCCCUUUUGGGUCCGACAGAUCUUCAUCUACAAACUUCCUCUCUACCUGGGUCUGAAGAGGCCCAAACCUGAGAGAGAUCAGAUGCCGGAGCCACCUCCUAUAGCUCUCAAGGAUUCUCCUGGAAGUGGCUGGGGUUGGGGAACAGAUGAAUAUUUCAUCCGGAAGCCACCGACUGAUUUUCUCUUCCCGAAACCAAACAGGUUCCAGCUUGAACCAUCAGCCCCGGAUCUGCGGCGAUCUAUCGAUGGCCCAAACCGGGCUGUGGGCCUGCCCCCUGAGCUACGGGAGGUCGUUUCCUCGAUCAAUUACAUCGCUCAACAGCUGCAGGAACAGGAAGACCAGGAUGCGUUGAAGGAAGACUGGCAAUUUGUGGCCAUGGUAGUGGACCGCCUCUUCCUGUGGACCUUCAUCAUCUUCACGAGCGUCGGGACCCUAGUCAUCUUCCUGGACGCCUCUUACCACUUGCCCCCUCCCGAACCGUUUCCUUGAGGACGUAGGGUCCUCGGCCAGCUGAAUUGAGAGUUCGGCUGUACUCUCGAGCCCUAUCCCUUUCUGCCCCUUGACUCUUUCAUUAGGAAUCCAGUCUACUCAUCAUUUUGAUUCUGGGGAGAGAGCCAAAGCGGGACUGGGCAGAUGGAGGCCUUGGGCCCACCAGAAAUGCGCUAUCAGUGUUAUUUACUCUUUGGCUUCUUAAAGAAGCUCCUUUGGAUACCAACACGUAGGUUCCAGGAAAAUGGAGCAAAGAACAAGAACUAGACUGUAAACCUUAAUGUGGGCAGGAACUCUGGUUCACUGUAAUAUCCCUAGCACCUAGUCCUAACCUACAGUAGGUGCUUAACAUUUGUUAAAUAAAUAGGGAAAUUUUUUUUCUGGAAGGAAAUACACCAAUUAAUAGUACUUAUAUUUGCAUGUUGAGACUAGUGGUCAUUUUUUCUUUGUUUUUACCUUUUCGUAAUUUAUUAUGUUUUGAAAAAAGUAUUAUCUAUAGGAUAAAAAAGGUUAUUUCUAAAAGGAUGCACUUGUAAUGAAGGGGGGAAAGCAUAGUUUAAAAAUUUCCAUUAAAGUUCUAGCUUUCGUGCCUAAA